AUGAAAGAUAUAAGUUUACCAAAAUAUUUACACAUUGAUAUUUUAAAACCAAUAAUUGAUUAUUUAUUAACAAAUAAUAAUAAAAUAAAUUAUGAUAAUAAUAAUAAUAAUAACAAUAAAUACAUAAUUAAAAACUAUUAUUUAUAUAUAAAUGAAAUAAUUAAAUUAUCAUUAGUAUCAAAUCAUUGGUAUCAAAUAAUAUCAAAUUUAAUAAUAUCAAAUUUAAUAUCAAAUAAUAUUUUAGAGGAAUGGUUCGAUUUAUAUAGUGAUUAUUUACCAGAGGAGGAGAAUGUUAAUAAAGGAAUUAAUUUUAUAGCAUAUGAUUUUAAUAAAAUUUAUGAUGUUUAUUUAACUCAAUCAAAUUUUAAAAUGAAAGUUAAUCAACAAUAUUCAAUUAUCAAAAUUAAUCAAUCAGUUAUUGAAGAUUAUUUCAGAAAUCAAGUACUAUGUAUUUAUGAUUUAACAUAUGAAAAAUUAUUACAACUCAGUAAAUUAGAAACAGAAGGUAAUUUAAAGUAUAGAAAGAUUAUAUCAAAAAAUCCCUACUCUAAAGAUGGUUUUAAAAAUUUAUUUUUAGAGGGUGGAAUUGCAAAAGGUAUUGAAAAGAAUGGUUUACUUGAUAUAUCAUCAAACAACAACAACAACAACAACAACAACAACAACAACAACAACAACAACAACAACAACAACAACAACAACAACAACAACAACAACAACAACAACAAUAAUAAUAAUAAUAAUAUUGUAGAAUUAAAUGUUUAUGAUUUUCUAUUGGAAAAUAAUGCAGAAGAAGGUUUUUAUAAUUUAUUACCAAAGGAAGAAGAUGAAUAUGACAUUUAUAAAGAUCCCCAACCAAUACUCUAUUUAAACACUAUUGAUUAUGAAGGAUCUCAAGAUGAUUAUAAUGAAAAAACAUUUAGAAUUUUGAAAUACUUAAAAUCAAAAAAUAUAAUAUUUAGAUCAAAUUAUAAUGAGAAUGUUCAUGCAGAUUUUUCAUUAAUGUUUAACAAUAAAAUCAACAAUCAAGUCGAGUCAAUUAGAAUAGAUUCAGAUUUUGUAGAACCAAUCGAUUUGCAAAAUGUAUAUGAACUUACAAAUUUACAUACACUUUCAAUUCCAUUACAUUUUCAUCAAAUGAUUCUAUUACAAUUGGGUAUUGGAAAAUUACAUUGUAGGGGUGGUGAUUUACUUGAACAUAAAGAUAAUGUAAUGCAAGAUUGGGAUAAAAUGAUUCGAUCAUUAUUAGCAAGUAAAUCAAUUAAAAAUUUUAAAAUUUCUAAUAAAUGUUAUACAUAUGAAUGUAUUAAUAAAAGCAUCAACUCUUAUAAUAAUGAAAAUUACAGUGCGGCCAGUAGACAUGUUAAAAAAAUAUUCUCAAAUGGUAUCAAACAACUUUUAUCAUCAUCAACAUUUAAAUAUUUUAAAUUUUCAAAUAUGUACGAUAUCAUUAGUAUUGAUACAUUUUCAGAAUUAAAAAAUAAUAAAACUCUUAAAAAAUUGGUAUAUAAAGAAAAGUUUCAUUAUGGUUAUAGGCUCUUCUUUACUACAUCUGAAGAGGUUGCAGAAUAUCAAUUUAAUAUUAUAAAUUAUUUAAUUGAAAAUAUUUUUUCAAAUGGCACCAGUGGUGGCAGUAUGCUUAGUAAUAAUAUCAAACAUUUUAAAUUUUCAUUAGAAUUUCCAUAUAAAUUAAAAUUAAUAUUUGAAUCAUUAUUUAAGCAUUAUAAUUAUUUUCAACUAUAUUCUAUUACUAUUGUAAUAUAUGACACACUUUAUGAAGAACUUUUAAAUGAAAUUAUUAAUUUAUCAAAUAAAAUUUCAAAAGUUCAACAACAGCAACAACAACAACAACAAUCAAUUAAAGAAUUUAAAAUUGUUAUUGAGAAAAACUUUAGUGACAAUAAACAUUUUCAAUCAAUAUUAAAUGAUAGAAAUAUUAAUGGUGAUAAUGGUUUAUUUGUAAUUACAGUUUCAAAUAAAAAAAGACUCUGCUAA